GGGCGGUAUGCAGCGAUUCACAUGCAUGCCCCAAUUGCCUUCGACGUUCAUCAUCGCAGAGCCAAGGCAGGGGCACCGCGAAUAGAAACGUGAUUGCGUUGACGCAUCAGUCUCCGCGAGUCAAUCUGUCACGUAGUUGAAAUAAUCCUCCCCUAAUCCCCCCGGAAGUGAAAUCCACGGUCCCCGGUGACCGACGUCUUUUUGCUCCUCUAACGUGUUCCUGAACUCAUCGCCGUCUUCAUCUUAGCAUCCCUCGCGUGGAUCAUACAGAAAUCUCGUUUUCCAAAAUCGAGAAGAAGUAAAAGCCGUUUCCGACUUGGUUGUAGCAAUUUUAGUGCGCGAGUGGUCUGCUAGUUUGGUGCGGAUCCCCUAAGUGCAUAUAUAUAUAAUCUAUUAGGAGUCUAAGCUGUGAAACAGUAGUCAAAUGGAAGGAUAUCGAGGAAAGUCCGACGAUUCGGUGCAAGAUCUCCCCCCUCCUAAAAUAUCCGUCCUGGAGAAAUACCGCGACCGGUUCGAGAAUCGACGUGACAGUUAUCGAGAGUGGUCUGAGGAAUCGGACGAAGCUCCCCCUCCCCCCAGGAAAUCCGUCCUGGAUAAAUACAAAGAUUGGUCUUUAGAUGAAGAAGAAGGAGAUACGAGGUUCCAUGGGAGAAGGUGCCCUUCGUGCCGCGACCUAGCCAGGUGCCGUUGCCCUACACAGUGUACGGACGCCGGUCUCCAACCGUGACCCGCACUACUAGAAUCAUUCGAGUCCCAUCCUACACGCCCGUCGAAAUGUACUCAUUCCCUGUCACCGUUAGCACCUACAGACGCUACUACUAGACGACCACCUACCGCACCUCACCAUAGCCUUCAUGGAAAACAGCAUCAUCGCGGCAUACAUAUGAGAACACUAAAAACGAAAUAACACGAUAAUCAAAUCGAGCGAAAAAAUUAGGUCACUAUGAAAAAUGUGUGCAUCCUGCAAAAAGGAACUACUAGCUGCUAAGAUUUUGCGACUUCUGUUGUUUCCCAA